CCGCUGGCAAAUGGCGGUGCCGCGGUCCCGUCGCUGGUGCCGGUGCCACGGAGGGGUGGGAAAACUCUGAGCUUCUCCGCAGCCGUUCUGUAGAGCGGCUGUAGAACGCAGCGCUCGCAAACAGUUGCUGCUCCCUGCCCCGGGCUGCGCGCCGCAAAUGCGUUUUGCUGGACUCGCGAGCUUAGGCGUUUUCACGUUGCUCGUCCCUGGCGGGAGGCACAAAGCUCGUGGCUGAAUUGGUGUGUGGAGUCUUCCGCUGUAUUAAUGGUAGACGCUGAACAGUGAGCCGUUUCUGCUUGAGCCACACACCCAGGUUUCCUUAGGCGUGCCAUCUCCCGCCCGAAGUUCCGCCCGGACGGAACUCGCCCGCUCUCGUGGCCGCACCGUUACCCACAGCCGUGGUUCCCAUCAGCGCGGGGUGCUGCACACACAAGUGAGCUGGGCUGUAUGUCGGCCUGGGCCCCUGUUGUUAGAUGUUAAACUUCAUGUUACUGUGAAUUCCGUUUUUGCUUGUCUUGCCUUCCUUUUCUGUUGUGGGAGUGGUAUUGACUAUGAGGGUAGGUGUGACUGGCACUUGUGUGUAUCGUUGUUAAUGCAUCUUGCAAGAUGUAGUAAUGGAUAGACACGUUAUUUUCUUGUGUUUGUUGGCUAUUUGAAAUGUGGACUUUCAGAGGGCAAAAUGUUGCACUGGGCACAGUUCUAACACAAUCAGUAGGGUUCUGCAUAGUGAUUUUGUUUAGAAGUGAAAUGAAGGAAACUGAGAGCAGCCCCCUGGAAGACGUGUUUGCUGCUCACUGUCUUGUGCUUUGCAGUGUUCCAUAGGAAAUAUCAGUGUGGAAGAUAUUCAAGAAUAUUUACAUUUCUUUUGCUUGUAUUUCUUGCUGUAUAGAUAGGCACAGAAAUGUAUAAUACAGUUGUGUUACACUUUCUCUUCUACAAGGGUGAAUUAAAACAACCUCAGGCAGCUGUGUGAAGUGGUGGCUGAAUUGGCUUUAUACCAUCCUCUCAUUUGUUUAGUUAUUCUGAGCUGAUAGGAGUCAGAGUUUGCUUACAACAAUAACAAAAUCUGUUUUUUUUUUUUAAAAGGAGAAAUGUUGCCUGUCUCUUUUUGCACGUGCUUUGAUUAUAUUACCUACUGGCACAGUAAUAUUGAUCUAAAUUUCAUGGAUAUAGAUUUCAGUAUUUUUUCCCUUAAUAUUACUGCUUAAUAUCACCAACUAUAUUAUAGCCUUAGUGACUUCAAUGCUACCUAAUCCUUAAAUUUGUUGGCAAGACCAAUAUUAGACAAGUAGAAUUUCUGCCUUGCAGACCUUGAUAGCAUCAGCUGUAAUAAAUCUGUACUUCUGGUUAAAUUGCACGUAACAUUUCUUAUGCUUCACAUGUAUCAAAACAAGAAGUAACAUUUUUGUCAUUGUCUGCGAAUUUGUACUAAAGUGUUCUUUUUUUCUGUGUUGAAGUUGAGACAAGAAUCAGGUUUUGAGGCAUAAAAAGAGAGGUGUUACUUUAGUAAUGGUGUUUGGAUGCUUCUUUAUGUGAAGACUGUUCUAAGGAAGACACCAUAUAACUGACACAGGUGGAUGAUACAGAGCUUUCUGUGGAAGUGUUGUUGAGGAAAUGAAUCACAAAAGUAUAAAUGAGGAUCCUAAAGCUGACUCUAACCUUGUGAGCAUUUAUGCAUGCAAUGAUGAUGUUGCAGUAGUUGCCCCUAAAUUGGGAAGUCGGUUUGGCAGUGCUUGGGUUCUCUUCUAUUCCUGCAUCUCUGAGUAUGUGUGACCAUCCGAAGGUGGAGCAUGCAGAACUUAUUUGAGUUACAUUAUGCCUUGAAUUCUAUGUGCUCUGUCCUUCAGAAGCAAAACAACUCAAGUUGAUUGAGAAGAACUGAUACUAGAAGGUUUCAUACAUUAUAUGGGAAUAAAUUGAAAUACAGAUUUCCAGAUCUGCCUUGUUAUAUUUAAAUAGCCAUUUUGGACCAGCAAGUGGAUGGCAAGCCUUCUGUUACACUGAGCCAGGAUUUAAUUUUGCUCCUGACUCUAAGCAAGCAACGUUGUUGAUUACGUGUUGGGAAUGAACACAAACAUUUUGUUAGUGGCUGGGUACAGAGGACAAAUACGAGAUUUCCUCACUUUUUGUACUGUUUGUACAUUCUGGGCUAGGCUAACCAAAACAUGUGAAUACACAUACGCUGUGCCAUCUCCUGUGCUUGAUUCCCUUUCAAACAACGCUUAUCUCCUGGAGGUAAUCUUUAUAUUUUUUUUAUACAUGGGUUCUCUUCCUCUCCUUUAUUGAUGAUGCUCCAUGAGUAGUUCUGGUAAGGAGCAGCAAUUGACUAUGCUACUCUGCUGUAUUAGUGUUUUGCAGCUUCCAUGCUCAAAGCACUGGAAAUUCCUGGGAGGAGGGAAAACAAGUAUGCCCACUGCUGUGGUUUGGAUUGGAGUCCUUGUUCAUUCCGUCUGAACGGAGUAUAGAUGGGAAAACUCCCUGUGAACAAAAAGCUUUCAAGCCUCGGGAUUUUGUCAGUUGAAUCCUGCUCUUGGAUCUGCAGUUUACUUUGUGGCACAAAAAAGCCACUGAAACCUGCAGGGAAAAGGGGUUAAAAAGAUCCUUCCCUUUCACCUUAUGCAAAUACGCAAUAAAUACUUAGCCAAGAAUGAUAUGUCAGGAGUGCUGCUGGGGAUGUGGAACAGCUGUUUGUUUUUUGUCCUCCCCCAAAGUACUAUCUAUUUAAAUAUUUACACGAUCUCUUGCUAAAACGCUUUCCUUUCUUUAUUAUGCUUUUGUGAUUUGUUAGUAAGGAAUGGAGAAGAGGGAGAGCUUUGUAAUUGUUCAUUCUUUCACUUGGUUGGAAAAAAUCAGUUGUUUUAUAUACUCUGAGAAAUACUCCAUGUUUUCUAAAUAGUUUCACUGAGGCUCACACAUUGCUGUUUGAUACUGCUGCUUCUUUCUUUCAUGUGCUUUUUAUGUAUUUUAUAAUCUUAACAAGCUACCUGAACAUACAGUAGAACAAGAACUUUCAGACACUACACCCUAAAGUAGCAGAUAAUUACAUAGAUAAUUUCAGAAGAUUAACAUUAUACAUAAUAGUAACAUAGAGUAAACCAUAGCAAUUAUAUAUGUGGGGGUUGUGUAUUCCACAUUUUAUAAAUGGUUCUGAAUGGCUACUAAGUCCUUCACUGCUUCACUUAGCACUGUGAUAGCUUUGAUCAUACCCUAUAUAUCUAUUUUGCAUAGACUCUCCUAGGUUACUGCAUCUAAGAUUAUAUAAAUAUUCAAAGCAAUGUUAGUGUUAGUUUAAAGAAUCAGCAGUAUUUAUGACUUUAAACAUCUUGCAUUACAAAGCUCUUGAACAGUGAAAGUAAAAAUAUAGCUCCUUAGGCUCCAGAGAAAGCUUCCAGCAUGUGGUUACUGUUACCCCUAGGUAUCACCUCUUAAAAUCAGUAGAUUGUAGGAGAAUACAGUUAAUUAAUGUAGGAGAAUUAAUUAAUGAAUGUAGGCUUUGUUGGACUUAGACCUUGAUCAUUAAUUAUAAUUCAAAUUAAAAUGUAUUUCAUUUCAAAGUCAAAUGAGUUUUACAAAGAAGGUGUUUGCACAUGAUACAAGCCUUUAAGGUGCAAUUUGAAAUAACUGAGAACUUCUGUUUCUUUUGAUAGUAGACAGUAAGUCUAUUAUCUUUUUAUGCUGUCUUUUCAUAGACUUGAUUUUGACAGACAUGCAACUGUACAAAAGUAAUGAACUGUUUGUUUUUGAAUAAUAACAUGUAUGUGUGCUAUCUUUCACAGAAAAGAAUUUACCUUUUCUGUUGAAGGAACUGACAGAACCAGAAGAUUUCAUUCACAGAAGCGUGCAGCCCCGGUCAUCAUUAUUUUGGAAGCGAUCAUUUAAAAAUAAAGCAGAAUGUAUCUUUUAGAAUAUAUAAGCCCUGGUGCAUAAGAGCAUAAAGUCAGUGAAACUGACUUUAACUGGCUAUCCACAGAAUCUCAAAUACAGCUCGAUUUUAUUGAGAAUCCAGAGUUCAGUUUGGAGGAGACCUGGAGUUUGAUGUUGAAAUGACUUGGGUGACUACAAAUCCCAGGGAGCAUUGCCAUUGGCAGGUUUGUGCAAGCGGAUUGGCAUCCUGCAGGGACCAAUGGCAGGCAGAGAAUUCAAGACAAUUCAUGUGUGUCAGCUCUCUGUAUUAAAAAGCGCUGGAGAGAGCUGCAGACCUGUGUGGAAAUCGCCUGUUUCCCCAGGCUACUUUUAAACCUAUUUGUGAGCUGGGUAUUGAUAUUAUAUUUUAAACCCGCUGUGCCUCAGCUUGAAAAAGCCUGCUGGAGCAGCCCAGAUGGAUGCAAUUUUGAACUGCAGACUGGAUGAGUUGGAAGAUUACUACAACUUGCUCGGGUGUGAUGAACUAUCUACGGUUGAGCAAAUUCUUGCAGAAUUUAAGAUUAAGGCCCUUGAAUGUCAUCCUGACAAACACCCAGGAAACCCCAAAGCAGUGGAGAAUUUCCAGAAGCUGCAGCAAGCUAAGGAGGUUCUUAUUAAUGAAGAGAGUCGAGCGCGCUAUGAUUACUGGAGGAGAAGCAAAAUCACCAUUCCUUUCCAGCAGUGGGAGGCCUUGAGCAGCUCUGUGAAAACGUCAAUGCACUGGGCUGUCCAAAAUAAGAAGGAUCAAAUGCUGGAAGCUCCUGACUUGAACAAUAGCAACAACUUAACUAAUGAGAUUUGGACCCAGAAAACUGAAAACAAUGAAGAUGGAUUGUCUGGUGGGAAUAGAGAGCAAGAUGUUGCAAUUCCUGAUGUAAAACCACAGUCUUCAAAGAAUCCGGACUCCCCAAGAUUUUCAGAGGCAAACUACUGGCACUUACGUUUCCGCUGGUCAGGGGAUGCCCCAUCAGAUCUUCUGAGGAAAUUCAGAAACUAUGAAAUCUAAAAUGCAAAAUACACAGCAGUGUGAGGUCAUCUAUUCAACAAUUCAGUAUUUUUUGCAGUAGUUUUAAGUUAUUUGUAUUUUGUAUUCAUUCAUUGUGAUUUGAAUGUUGUUUGAAUAAAUGUAACGUCUGUAUCUGUUAACACACAGUCUAUGAGUAUUACAGUGGAGGUCUGUUUUAAUAAGAAGGUUCAGUAAGCAGAGCCCUUUUCAGUAUUAAUGUAGAGUGAUUUGGUGUAGUUAUCUAAUUUUUUGUAUAUUGUUUCUUGUGUUUUUAAAUAUUGUGUAGUAAUAAUAACUGUAUUCUCAGCAACUGUAUUCUCAGCAGAACCAAAAGUCAAUGCUAGAUUCCAAGAUAUUACUAUUAUCAAAUGACAAUCUACCAAAAGCUGUAUGACAAUUAACUUAAAAAGUGCUUGCUUCUGAACUUUGGUUCUCUACUCUAUUGCAUUGUACUUACUGCAGUGAUUUGUUAUGCAUGCACUCACAGUACUUUUACAAGACUAAUUUGUUGGACAGUUGUAAUUUUGCAAUAUAAAUGAAAUAAGAACCUUAUUAUUAUUCAGCAGGUAACCGUGGUGGAUCAAGCACUCUCAAAAAUCACUUGCAUUCUAUCAUAAUAGGUAAGCUUUUUGCACCAACUGCUUGUUUUAGAAGGCAAUUCCAGAACCUCGCUUUAUUGGACAGAAACUCUUCUUGUUAAGAUUUGUUGGUGGAAAUCUGAUACCUCUUGUAUGUAUGCCAGCAUUGUCCUAGUGUAAUAGUUACUUUCUUCCCUUCUGUGCCUCACAGACAGCAUACAAAAUCCUGAUAUGACCCUAAGUAUCAAGAAUCAGGCCAGCCUGCAUUAAUAUGUUUAAAAUCUUAUAAGUUUUUGAAAUGCUGAGUGACUUCUCAUAUUCUGUGUUGUGUGUAUUUUGCAUUUGCUUCCUUUUUUUGUGAUCCUGACUGAUAUGUCAGCUAAUUGACAUUGUGUUUUUUGUGUGGGCAAGUGAUUCUGACAGCAAGAAAUAAAACUAUAUACAUACAGAAA